GGAGCAUGACCAGCAUGACCCAUGUGGUCGCAAGAAGACUGGACAGCAGUCCUCCGUCCAUUCAAUCAGCAUACAUCCUUGUCCAUUGUGCUUUCAAAUUGUCACAGCCAAUGCCAGUCUCAACUGCUGCUAAGAGUCGGCGAUGGGAUGAUCACAGACAAGAUGUAGUCCUUGAGGGAGGACGGCAGAGCAUGGUUGAGGAUGGCCGGGGACUUGAAAUGUUUGAUGAGGAGAAGAGAGUGGAUAGGGCCAGCCAGGACGCCGUUGUGGAGGGUCUUUUCGAGGGUGAGGGACUGGAUGCAGGGAUGGGUCUCACCAGUGGUGAGCUUCCGUCUCGCCCUGGACUUGGACUCGUCGGUGAAGCCAGUAUAUCAAGAGGACAAUGUCAUGGAGUGGAUGACCUUGACUUUGACCUUGACCUUGACUUUGACCUUGACUUUGACCUUGACCUUGACUUUGACUUUGACCUUGACCUUGACUUUGACUUUGACUUUGACUUUGACCUUGACUUUGACUUUGACCUUGUGGGGAGGAUGACCGGCAAAUGGAGGGGCACGGAUGCAAAAGUAAAACGCUAACUCGAAAUGAAGGAAAAACUAUUCUCGGUAUAUGGGAAGAUACACUGCCAUAUCUUUUUGUCUUUUGCGCAUGCGAGUAUCUGCCACAGGAAUGGAUCUGGGCCCUCAGGAAGAGAGUUGGACUGCAGUACACAGGAACAUGAAAGUUUAAUCAUCUUUUGUCUGAUGUGUCCAAAAGUGUAAUGCUUCCCCCUCUUCUCCCUAUCCCCGCUUUCUCCACGAUAUACACAAAUAGCAAGGGACAGAGAGAUCCAUAGACCCACACACACUUAGACAACAGCGCAGACACACACACACACACAGAGAGAGAGAGAGAGAGAGAGAGAGAGAGAGAGAGAAUAGUAAAGAGGAGGGGUGUGUGAAGAGGUCGAGGUACAAGAUUAGCAUCAAUGGAACUGAAGGCUCUUGGAAGAUUCUUGUGUAGAGUUGCAUGCUCUGGCAUGUGGCGUGCCUGUGUGUGGAUCGACUCGUGUGAUAGGUGGAAAUUUUUCACUCUUUUUCUUUCAUGUUUAUGGUUUAUAGUGUGCGGGUAUUGUGUAUCGAGAGUGGAACACGAUGCAUUGAAUGGAUUGGUGUCAACCUCAUGCUACGAUACCAAAUUUACGCAGAUGAAGGCGAGUACGAACAUCCUAAAUGGAGCUCAGCAGAGGACAUAGAGUGAUCCCCGAAAGGCUCCCGAAGGGCGUAACGGCUCGAAAGGGUCGAAAGGAUUCUUUCUACAUGCAGCACCAUCACUAGUGGACAGUGCUCGUGGUUGGGUAGAAGAUUACUACUUGGGGGGGUUGGGGGGAGGGGUGGUGGGUGGGGGUUAAGUAAAAGCUUUCUUCAACC